AUGGCCAGCAAGCUGAAGCAGCAUGCCGUUGACGUCCUUACUGAUGCGAGCAACCUUGGCAUCGGCUAUGUCUCGUGGCUACUCAACCCCGUUCAGGGCAGAACGAUUAAGUCCUGCAGGAACGUGCACCAGUUGCUUAAGUCACGUCCAGACCUGCACCGGCGGCUUACCCAGGUCUUAGAUGACUUGGAGGUUGCUGUGCGUGCACUGCAGCAGCCUGGUGCGCGUGACGAGCUGGUGACGCUGGCAGUAGCUCACGAUACAGGGGGUGAUCAGACGGCAGCAGCAGCAGUGGGUACCAAUUUUCAUGAUAGCCCAUUGACAGCUGCUGUGGAGGGCGGGCUCAACCUGUUGGCAGCAGCAGCAGGUGCCAAUGCCCCCGAUAGAGGGGGUGGUCAGGCAGUAGCAGCAACCGCAGCAGCAAAGGUGCCCAGCCCGUGGGGGGCCAGCCCACUGACAGCUGCUGUGGAGGGCGGGUUUAACCUGGUGGCAGCAGCAGCAGGUGCCAAUGCCCCCGAUAGAAGGGGUGGUCAGGCGGCGAGGAGGAGGGAGGGGGUAAAUCUGGUGGCCAUUGAAUGCAUGCUGCAGAGCAGCUUCUACAGCAUCCUGCUGGCCAUGCAUCUCGCCCUGCUGCUGCCCAUUUCCCCCUCCACCCGCAUCUUGCUGCAGAACGGCAAUGUGCCCACGGAUAACUUCCCUCUGAGCACGCAGAAGGCUUAUCCUGCACGUGUAGUAAAUGACCAUGUCAUGGAGCUCACGCUCCACAAUGAUGCACUCCUCAUUGCAACGGAGCCAGCGCUGCACAAGGUCAUCUGCCACACUGACCUCCCACGACAUCACCUCAUCACCCUCCCACAGCAGGUGCACAUGGGCUGGUGCCUGAGGUAUGCCUGCCCCGCCAGCCUUUCUGUCAGCCUGCCCAGCAGGUUCGACAACCGGGACAGCUGCCUCACCCUCAAGGGAAGCAAUCACUGCAUCAACUGCUGGCACACUGUACGUGACCCAAGGCACAACGGUGAUGUACCCCAGCCAGCGCCAGCACCGAUAGCAGGCUGGCCUUGGCGGCCGAGCAGCCCCUGCUCAGCUUGUUGCACUCUUUCUUGGUUAGUGCAACGGGAGAGUGAGAGUCUAGCCGCGCAGCAGGGCACUCUGGACACCUUCUUGGUGAAGGAGCUGGAGAGUCAGAACACAUGUCCCGUGUGUUACGAGCUGAUGGUGCCGCCCCAACACGCACCCGUGAUGCUGUUUCCUUGCGGUCACAGCUUCUGUGGCCGCUGUCUGGAGCAGCACAUCGACCGCAACAAGAAGACGCAGUGCCCCAUCUGCCGCAAGAAGAUCGAGUCCAGGGCCCCCAACUACAGCCUGCAGCAGCUCAUUCAGCAGGUGGUGGCGAAGAAGGAGUCAGCGUCUCGCGGGGCCCCCGCGGCCCUGGGGGGGCCGCUGUCCCCGGGGCCCACGGCUGGCGGCACAGGACGCUGCGAAAUAAAACUCUACUGA